UAAGACAUAUUUUAUUGUCAGUGCUGUUGACACAAGCUUGAGUGCUCCUCAAGUAACUCGGGAAAUACGUAUUUAGUGCUAAUUGGCGCCUGUUUUAUUUGCGGUAAAAAAAUGUUAUUAAAGGAAUUACUAUACGUUUUAAUAUGCACGAGUAUAAGCUCGGCAUGGGGAGCUCUUCCAGUUACGGUUUAUUACGAAGCGCUAUGUUCAGAUAGCGUCCAGUUUAUAACUAAGCAGCUCUAUCCAAACUAUAGAUUCUUUAAAGACCAUCUUGAUAUAGAGUUUGUGCCUUAUGGAAAAGCUAUGCACACUUUUAACGCUACCUCGGGCAAAUACAAAUUUAGUUGUCAACAUGGAAGAGAAGAAUGUCUUGGAAAUCAGCUGCAUGCAUGCGCUCUAAAGCAAAUAAAAGACAAGGAUACUAAAAUUAACUUCAUUACUUGUGUAAUGUCCGCAGAAAAUCCAUCUGGAAGAUAUUUUAUAGAAGAGUGUUCCAAAAAGUACAACAUAGAUUUCAUCAAACUGAUAACAUGCGGUGUAUCAGACGAAGGAUCGAAACUGUUAGCUUCCAACGGAGAUAAAACUUGGAACCUGGAACCAAACCUUUACUACGUGCCGACAGUAGUGUUUAAUAAUAGUAUUCAGAUUAACCAGGAAGAUCAACGCAAUUCUCUUUCCAACUUUAAGAUGACUAUGUGCAAAAAGAUUCUCGUGGAGAGCGAAAGACCAGAAGUUUGUAACGAAAUCGGCUUACUAGAGCGGAUGAGAAGUUUCUUCUCGUUUAGAUAAAAUUAAUUUUAAAUUAUUUAAAAAAAAAUAAUGUAGAUAUAAAACUUGUAAUAUUAAGCUAAUGGAUAUCCAGCGAGUACACUAAAUGAUGCAAAUAAUGAGUAUUAAUGAGAAUACAUAUUUUGCACUUUUACAUCAUCAAUUUUGUUUGCUAAUAUUAAAUUAGAUAUGUAAUAGAAUUACUGUAGGGAUAAUAACCUAUAGGAGUAAUAUAGAAAUGGAAAAGUGAAAGCAUCCACUUACAAGGAAUUAACAAAUUGUAAUUAAGAUAGAAAUAAGAACGUAGAUUUUCUGACUACGCUUGAUUAUGUCAAUCAAGCUUAUUCAGAAAAUCUUAAACAUUUUAACAUUGGCAUACCAAACAGCAAAAGAAAUGUAAAAAAGAGGGAACUUUCAUAAAAAAAAUACAACUAAAGUCUUUUAGGAAUAAUAAACAAUUUUGAAAAGUAACAUAA